AUGCGUAACAUUAAAACACAUAUAACGGAACUACAAUGUUUUAUAUCGGAAAUUAGUAAUAAAAUUCAUAUAGUCGCACUUUCAGAAUCUUGGUUAAGUCAGCAUUUAGAUUUAAAAUACAUCUUUUUAAAUAACUACCAAAUAACUAAUACCGUAAACAAUCAAAAAAAAAAUGAUGGAGUUAUAAAUUUCAUAAGAAACGAUUGCUCAUUUUCAAAUAAAGAAAUCAGGUUUACGGAUGCCAAUUGUUUAAUAACAAACAUCACAUCUGACAACUCAACUUAUUGCGUUAUUUCAGUAUACCGAUCUUCUAAUGGUAAUGCAAAUAUAUUUUUAGAGCAAUUUCAAGAUAUUUCAUAUAAUAUAACAACUGAAAAUAAAAAUAUAAACAUAAUAUUCUGUGGAGAUAUAAACAUUGAUUUACUGAAUAAUAAUAGAUUGGCUAAUAACUACCUCUACUUAAUGACCUCUUAUGGUUUUAUCUCGUAUGUAAAUACACCGACUCGUGUUUGGGAGGGUAGUUAA